AUGUCUUGCCAGACGUUGAUCAGUCCAGAAACAGCUGAGCCCAAGGCCCGAGCAGUGGGAGGCACCGAGCACAGCUGGUGCCGAGCGGUGCCUGGUGGCACUGGCAUAGCCGUCUUGGCCAUCCUCACAUCUAAGCUCCCUCGAAACUCGGUUCUAGAGAAUGCUCUCCACAAACUCCAAAAUUCUCAUCCAAUCCUUAGGUCAAGACUCCAUUCUGGCAGCAACACGAACACAUUUUCCUUCAUUACGUCUCCCACUCCUUUCAUUAAACUGAAAGCAUUCAACCUCUCGUCGACUUUCAAAAUCCUCGAAAAUCCAUUGAACCCAAAAAACCAAUCUCUCUCACCCCUCCAUCUGGUCCUUGAGCAUGAACUUAACCAAAACUCAUGGUAUAACCAUAACAAGGCACCAUCAUCCAUUAAUGAGAUUCAAGAUAUGUUUUUUGCUACCACCUAUGCCCUCCCUAACGCAAAGUGGGUACUGGUUCUUAGGCUUCAUGCCUCGGCGUGUGACCGAACCACGGCUGUGUCUUUGCUGCAGGAACUGGUGGUGCUGGUGAGUGAAGAGGAGAGAGGUGCUCUGCAGAAGGAAAUAGCAAAUGAAGGGGAGAUUACUUCGAGAAUUGAGGAUCUUGUUCCUAAUAAGAAGGCUAAGAAGGGUUUGUGGGAGCGUGGGAUUGACAUGCUUGGUUACUCGGUGAAUUCACUUAGACUAACAAAUCUGAAAUUCAAGGAUUCAAGGUCACCAAGAUCUUCUCAGGUGGUAAGGUUGCAGAUGAACCAAAAGGACACGGAGACGAUCAUUGCU